AUUGUUUACAGCCUGAAAAGUUCUUGUCACUUCAUUCCAGUGUGCCUGUCACGUUUUAUUCAAGUGAAAAAUAGAGAUUGCUGUAUUAUUUACCGUAGUCUUGUGCAGUCUUGCUCCAUGGCUAACAAGGCUGUGAUUAUGGUGCAUGCAGGUGCAGGUUAUCAUUCUGUGUCAAGAGAAAAGCAGUACAAGGAAGUGUGUGAGGAGGCCUGUAAACAGGCUAUGACGCUACUCUUAGAUGGAGCUUCAGCAUUAGAUGGUGUGGCUGCUGCUGUAAAAGUUUUAGAGGACUCCAGCUGUACAAAUGCAGGCCUGGGUUCAGCUUUGACUCUGGAAGGGAAGGUAGAAUGUGACUCUGGAGUCAUGGAUGGAGAGUCUCUUCUAUUUGGUGCCGUGGGAGCUAUAUCAGGUGUGAAAAACCCUGUCUGUGUGGCAAAAAAACUGGUGGAAGGACAGACAAAAACAUUGUCACUGGGUAGAAUUCCCCCAAGUGUUUUGGUGGGUACUGGUGCCAGUGACUGGGCCCUCCACAAUGGGUGUGAAGUGGUCACUGACAGCACUCUCAUCACAGACUUCUCUCUGAAGACUUAUUGUCAGCACAAGAGGAAGCUGGAGGAGACAGAAAACAAGAAGGCAAAGAGGGUUAGAGGUCAUUUGAAGGUCAACAAUGAAGAAAAGACUAUAUCGGAUGAUGACCCAAGCCUUGUCCAGGACACUGUUGGUGCCGUCUGUUUAGAUAGCCGUGGAAAUGUAGCAUCCGCAGUGUCAUCAGGAGGAAUUUCCUUAAAACACCCUGGUCGGAUUGGGCAGGCCGCUGUUUAUGGGGCAGGGUGUUGGGCGGAGUCUAAGACACCUUUGUCACCAGGAGUGGCAGUCUCCACAUCAGGCUGUGGUGAACAUUUAAUGAGGACUUUGCUAGCAAGAGAGUGUGCCCAGGCUCUUCAUUCUACAGACAUAGUCCCAGUGGCAUUAAGCCAAACAUUUGUCAACAAAUUCUUAGGCUCAAAAUUCUUGCAGAAUGUCAGUGAGAAGCUAGGCGGUGUAAUAGUCAUGAAACAUCAGACAGAGGGAGAGGGAGAUGAAGAUGAGAAGCUAGGUGGUGUAAUAGCGAUGAAACAACAGCCAGAAGAAGAGGAUGAUGAUGAUGAUUUGGUAGAUGAGAAGCUAGGUGGUGUAACAGUGAUGACACAUCACACAGAGGAAGAGGGAGAUGAAGGUAGGGGACACACAGAUGACACUCCAGUGUGGUGUUUUCUCCUGUGCAAUGGUGGUUAG